GAUGACGUACGUUGUGACGUCAGAUGUGUCGUGGGCUGUCAAAAUGAAGGCGCACACGCGGUAGCUCUAGCCAUAUCGUGUAGCUGAACUGAACAUAUGACAAUGUGUGAAACCAACGUUAAACCUAGCGCAACAUUUAUUUGUUCGUUUUCUGACUGUCAAGCGUCGUACAACAAAGCAUGGAAGCUAGAAGCGCAUCUCUGCAAACAUACAGGGGAGAGGCCGUUUAAGUGCGAGCACAGCGACUGCAGCAAAUCCUUCUGCACGAAAUAUCAUCUUGCUCGCCAUACACUGACACACACCGGCGACAGACCCUACAUAUGCACAGAGGACGGAUGCAACGAAGGAUUCACCACAAACUGCAACUUGAAGAAACAUAUUUCACGUAUUCACAGACGAGAGACAAAACAGUACAUAUGUACAUUUGAAGGAUGUGGCAAAGCGUUCAAGAAAAAUAACCAGCUGAAAACCCAUGAGUGCACACACACCCAGCUGCUGCCUUUUUUGUGCUCACAUGAAGGCUGCGGAAGACGGUUUACACAACAUGGUAAACUGAAGCGCCAUGAGAAGGUACACAAAGGCUAUUCUUGCACGGCGGAGGGCUGCUCAUUUGUGGCAAAGAACUGGACGGAGAUGACAAACCACAAAAAAGUGCAUAUAGUCAGGGUACAGUGUGAUCAGUGUAAGAAAACGUUCAGGGAUAGCUGGUUCCUGAAGCAGCAUCAGCAUGUUCACUCUGAGGAGCGUGUUGUGUUCCACUGCCCCAGAGAUGGAUGUACGCGCUCGUACACCACUGCGUUCAACCUGCAGAGCCACAUACUGUCAUUCCAUGAAGAGCAGCGCUCCUUCAUCUGCACUCAUCCUGGCUGCAGCAAGUCCUUUGCCAUGAAGCAAAGUUUACUGCGCCAUGGUGUGGUUCACGAUCCAGAAAAGAAACAGCUGAAACCCCGGCCAAAACGCACCCUGGCAUCCCGUCUGAGUGGCCACAAACCAAAAAGCAAACGUCGAACAAAAACUUCAAAAUCAGAGGAAUCUUCAGUGCCACAAAGUAGACAAUCAGAAACUGCUAUGAAUCCCCAUUUACUUGGUCAGUUGCAAUCUUUCAGCUCUGAAAGCUGUGAAAUUCCAAAACUAGACUUGCCAGAAACCUCCCAGAGUUUAAUACGUACUGAUUUACAGCCCAUUAAAUCAGAGAGUGUUGUGAGUAAAACAAAAUCCAUUUAUUCUGAGCUCAGUGACCCUGCAAAUCCAGUGGUUCACCUUUUAGAACCGCUCUUAGUGUAGAGUCCAGUAGUCAUGAUUUUUAAAGCACAAUCACCAAAGCAACAGUAAACAUGCCACUGCAGAAAAAUACACUUUUGUAUUGAAAUUUGCAUAGAAUUUUAUUGUUGCUUCAAGUCUUUUGAUUCCUCUGUAGAGGAGCUACACUGAGAUGUUGGUGUCUCUGAGUCAGGUUUUAAACUCUUGUUCGAAGUCUCUACUCCCUUUUUCUGCAGUUCUUUAGCAGAAGCGAGCCGAAGGACACACAUGGCAGCACGACCCCCGCGAACAACAGACGGUUUCGAUACAAAGCCAACAGGCACUGAUAUCCUCUCCACCAUCUGUGUUAAGACUGUGUCCUGUUUAAGGAAAAAAAAAAGAAAAUCCUGAAAUCUGCUGGGUAGCAGUGGCUUGUACUGUGUCCAUUUUCAAAGCAGCACUGCACUGUAAAUUUAAAGUUUGUUGACUACACAUUUACAUUUGCACUUUAAAUGUGUGGAUAAAUAAACUGUGUAAACUCUGA